AUGAUGGAAUACGCAAAGACCAGCAUGAGCAACAUGGACACGGCCGACAGCAACUGCAACAGUAGACUCUUCCAAAAUGAAUCGAACUAUGACAAAACAAGAUUGAUCAUAAAAAAUGUCCCAAAAUAUAUGAACGAAAUGGAUUUAAAAAAACACUUCUUCAAAAUGAAGGGGAAUUAUGAAUUUAAAAUAACAGAUAUAAAAAUUAUGAAGAGAAAAAAACUUAUCAAGAAUAAAGAAUUCUUUGAGUCCAGGAAAAUUUGUUUCAUAGGUUUUAUUAACAACACAGAUUGUGAAAAUUUUAAAAAAUCUUUUAAUAACACCUACAUUAAUACUAGCAAAAUUGUCAUUGAGGAUGCCUUUUCUCCACUUAUUUCCAAAAAUGCACAGCAGAGCAGAAACGCCUCUUCGUACGCCCUUAAGCGUAUAGGAGAGAUGCAAAAAAUGAAGAAAGACAAGUCUGUGAAAAUUGUGAAAAAUGAAAAUUUUGUCAAUAAAACGAUCCCCAUUAAGAAAACCAAAGCGGGAAUGAGCACCACCAGGAGCCACAUGAUAUUUUUAGAUGAUCAACCGGUUCAGGGGGAGGAGGAAGACCAGGAAGGCAAGAAGAAAAAGAAGAAGAAAAAGAAGAAGGAUAAGAAAAAGACUAAAAUGGAAGGGGAUAACCCCAGCGAACAGUUGGAGCCAGCGGAGAAGACACGCACAAAUGGUGCUAAGAGGGACAUUGAUGAGGAAGGCAAAAUGGAUGAUGCAACCCAUGCUGAUACAGCCGAUGGAGCGCAAAGUGGCACAGAAAAGGAAGAGGCAGAGGAGGAAGAAGCCCUAGAUUGGCUGAAAAAAAUCUCCAAAAGGGAGGAAAGUGACAAAAAUGCCUGCAGUGAUAAAAAUGUCCGUACCGACAAAAAUGACCAGAACGAUCAAGGUGCCCAAAAGAUCCGCCUAUUCGAGGACGAAGUGAGCACAGCGACUAAUCAAUCGAGCGACGAAAAGGAAGGGAAAAAAAAAACGGACAAUGGCGUGGACGAAGAGGAGGAUUGUGAAAAUAUGAACACCGGGAAAAUUAUCAUUUUUAACAUGCCCCCUGUAAGCGAACAGGACGUAAAAAAUCUGUGCGAACGGUUUGGCCCCGUCGUCGAUGUGAAGGUCUUUAAGAACGUAAAAAAAGGAGCAGUAGUCCUAAAUUUAAAUGAGAAAAAAAACAACAAAUCGAGUGACGACUUUUUUAUAAAACUGUUGAAGGAAAACCAUGACUCCUUUGCAAACGGGAAGGAAAAAAAAAAAAAAAAAAAAAAGUUGGAUGAAGCUGACAGCGGUGUGUUGAAAAGGGAUGACAGGGAGGUGGGCGAUGGGGAGGCCGAAGAUUGGAAAAAUGAUAAUGUUAGCAAAAAUGAGUCUAUCCUCAACAGUGAUCUUACAAAUGUAAAGGUGUACGCCUUCGUCAAUUUUAUGUUCCCCAGCGCCUGCGAGCGCGCCAAGCAUUUUUUAAACCACUCCAUUUUUAGGGGCAAAGUGUUAAGCGUUAAAUAUGCUAAGGAAAAAAUUGGAGACUACGAAUAUACAGAGAAAGAAAAGAAUAAUGUGUUCAUUAAAUUAUCUCAUGAUUCAAAAACAUCGUAUAAGAAAAUAUUGGAAAUUCAAAAAAAGAGAAAUUGCCAAAAUGAAAAUAUCUGGAAUAUUCUCUACACGGAUAUCAACUCGAGCAUUCACAAUUUCUGCAAGGAAAAUAAAUGCAGCCCCCAUUCUAUACUAAAUAUAAAGGACAGGAAUAUUGCCGUUAAUGUUUCGCUCACGGAGACGUACAUAAUUAACAAAAUGAAGGAGUGGAUAAAGAAGGAGGGGAUUUACUUGGAGGCUUUCGAGCAGAUAUAUAGGAAGAAGGACGAGGGGGGAGAACCCAGUGGGGAAACCGACCAAAAGGGUGACAAAAAGGGUGACGAAAAAGUGGAUGGAGAUAACCCCCCCGGGGAGGAUCUUAACCACAUGAACCACGUCGUCAAGUACAAACGAAGUGAUGACACUAUUAUAGUAAAAAAUUUGUCCAUUCAAACAAACCAAAAGGAAGUAAUAAGCCUUUUUAAGAAGUAUGGUGUUUUGAGCAAAGUUAGUUUUUCCCCCUAUAAUAAUAUAGCUAUAUUGCAGUUCGAGAAAGCGGAAAACGCCAAGAAGGCCUUCAUAUCGAACUCGUACAUACGGUAUAAGAAGCUGCCCCUCUAUUUGGAGUGGGCCCCCAUGAACCUGUUCGAGAGAAAGGGAGACCAGGAUGGAGACGGAAGCAAUACCAAGGGGGAAACGAAUAGUGAAGAGAUACCCACCAAAGAAGCAGUCAAAAAAUCUGAACAGGCAGCAGCCCCGAAGGAGGAACAACACUAUAUCGAAAGCGAGUCCAGUGAUGAAGAAAUUACACACGCCAGCAUCUACGUCAAGAACCUUAACUUCAAUACCAAGGAAGAAGACCUAAAAAAGUUGUUCGAAAAAUUGGAAGGAUUUAUAACGUGCAAUAUUGUGAAAAGUAAGAAGGCCAUAUCGAAGAAGAAUGACGAAAAAGGAAAAGCGCCAGAACAGAAACUGAUGUCUCAGGGAUACGGUUUUGCCGAAUUUAAAAGCAAAGAGUUAGCUCUUGAGGCCAUCAAAAAAUUGACAGCAACAACUCUGGAUGGCCACAUACUGGAGCUGAGUCUUUCUCGUAACAGAGUUAAAAAAAAAAAAAAUAAAAAUAAUGAAGAAAAAGAGGUAGUUAAGGAAAAAAAAAAAAUUACCAAAAAGUUGCUAGUAAAAAAUUUAGCCUUUCAAGUGACGAAAGAAGAAUUAAGAAAAUUAUUUUCUGCAUUUGGAAAUAUCAAAAGUGUCAGAAUACCCAAAAAUGCAUAUAACAGAAGUAGAGGAUAUGCAUUUGUUGAGUUUAUGUCAAAAAAUGAGUGCCUUACGGCGAUUGAGUCAUUGCAACAUACCCAUUUGUAUGGAAGACAUCUUAUCAUCGAUUUUGCCGAUGAUUUUAUUUUUGAUAAAAAUGUAAACGAAUUUGAUAAACUGAAAGAGGAGAAUGGGGUUAACAACAAUCAUGGGGGUAAGAAGGAAAAGUGCAUCACGUCAGAACAAGCCAAGAGAAAAGCUACCUAUGAGAAGGAGAAAAAAAAAAAAGUAACUGAAUCGAAAAAAAGGAAACUCAUGAAUAAUAUGGAGAAUAUUUGA